UCCUGUUGUAGUUCCGUGUCUGACACAACAUCAUCAUCUCCACUGUGCUGUGGUUCAAAGUGCGCAGGAAAUCUCUGAGCAGGAGACGCUUUACAACCGCUGAGAAGCUGGAAAACAUCGAGCAGACAGUGCCCGCAAGAGCAUCUGUUGGACCAGGUUGUGAUAAUCACCAGUCCCAGUCAACGCCCGAUGGUGAGAAUGAAGACGACGCCUCCAUGACCUCCCUCGGUGUUACCGCUCGAGGCCUCCCCUUGGCCUUGGCAUCCAUGACACAAGUCUCCACCUCAGACUCACGCUUUUACCCAAAAUGGCGGGCAAUUGCUGUGGUGGCCGUGCUGGCUUUAGUGCUUGUAUUAUACCUGCACCACACUCCUGCGAGAGGGUACUUCCGCAGUGGUGCUCACAGUUUGGACCUGUAUGGUGAGGGAGAUGACGAUAUCCUCAGGGACUCUCCCAAACAAACUGUACAUAAUGUCGCCCACCACAUGAAAAGGCGAAAGUCUUACAAUGACACUUACCCGUUAAGUCCGCCACAGAGAACAACAAAUGGCAUCCGCUACCGUAUAGGCUUGAUUGCAGACCUGGACACAGCAUCACGCAGCUCUAGGGACCAGACAUGGUUCAGCUACAUGAAAACAGGUUACCUGACUGUCUCGCAGAGCGCUGACAGUCUGCAAGUGGAGUGGGACCCUGAGACCAUCACCCUGGAGAGUCAUCUCGCCGAGAAAGGACGAGGUAUGGAGCUAUCAGAGCUUGUGGCAUUCAACGGUCACCUGUACAGUGUAGACGACCGGACAGGAGUGGUGUACAGGAUCGAAGGCAAUCGGGUCAUCCCCUGGGUUAUAUUAACAGACGGUGAUGGGUUGGUCUCCAAAGGGUUCAAGGCAGAGUGGUUGGCAGUGAAGGACGAGCAUCUAUAUGUUGGUGGCCUGGGGAAGGAGUGGACCACGACCUCAGGGGAAGUUGUCAACAACAACCCAGAGUGGGUGAAAGUGGUUGGCUACCAUGGCAAUGUGGAGCAUGAUAAUUGGGUACCACACUACAAUGCCCUGAGGAAUGCAGCAGGGAUCAAACCUCCAGGCUACCUUAUUCAUGAAUCAGCUGUGUGGAGUGAGCGUCUCCAGCGCUGGUUCUUCCUCCCUCGCCGAGCCAGUCACGAGCACUACGAAGAGACCGCAGACGAGCGGCGUGCCACAAACCUUCUCCUGAUGUGCCCCGCAGACUUCAGCUUCAUAUCUGCGCGGCAUGUCGGACCCCUCGACCCCACCCACGGUUUUUCCUCUUUUAAGUUUGUUCCAGACACGGACGACCAGAUCAUUCUGGCCUUAAAAUCAGAGGAGGAUGCAGGCAGGAUCGCCACUUACAUCAUUGCUUUUACGCUUGAUGGUCAGGUGCUGAUGCCUGAGACAAAGAUUGGGGAUGUGAAAUACGAGGGGCUUGAGUUUAUUUAAAAAAACUACAGCAGGACUGAAGGUGUUCCGACAUGUCACAUGUCCAUAUGCAACACUGGUGCCUAAAGUUUUAUGUAUGUAUGACAUUUCUUAUCUGAUUUUUUACUGUGCAAUAAUACCUUUAUAACAAAGUUAUAUAUUUCAUUAUAUUACAUUAUGAUAAUGAAGUGCAAGAGAAAAUAGAAGAGUGGAAAAUGCUGCACAUUCAGAGGACAACUACAGACCUGUGAAGGACAGUGACUACACAUCAGUUAGUUAUUUUUUAACCAUCUUGGGCCCUGUUUUAAAUGAUGGAUUAAAGGGCUUGGCACAAGGAUAAUGCAGGAAACUGGAGAAGUGAACGACUCUCUGCUAAAGGGACAGAUCAAAUUCUACGUUUGCAGCAAGAACCCUUCACUACUUCACACUUCUGGUAGACCCUCUGCCUCCCCUGUUUGUUAUUCCUCUGUCACAUCAACAACCCCCCCUGUCCCAGUCUAACAACCCAUAGACCCUUAACUGCACCCACAUUCAUGAGGAAGAGGAGAAGCACUGAAGCAUGUCCCUGUGUAGGUAAACAGAGUGUAUGUGCACUGUGAACGCGCCUAUGUAAGCACAUCUAAUAACGCCAUUUAAAUAAGCAUGAAAAUACCACACCAUUGACAAGGCUUUCUGCUGCCUUAAAAUAGUAAUGCGAUGUGCCUGACCACACCUCAAUUUUAAUACAUCCAUGGGUGCACCGAUGAGCACAAGUGGAAAUAAUCCUGGCUGAUUAGAUACGUCAGGUGUCCCAGUAGAUUCUAUGGAAGUCUGACCCCCAAAGCUAAUGUGGGCGUCCUCCACUGCAGUCACUCUGCUGGUCACUAUGGUCACACACAUACUCAGGGCAACAAGGUCAAAGCAGGAGAGUAUAUUUAGAAAAAAACAAAUGAAUGUCCAUAAAUGACUUGAAAUAUUGACCUUACUGGAAGAUGUCUUUGAUUCUUCCGAGUUUUUACUGAAGUUUUGUUUUAUUAAGUGUACUGUAUAUCCGUCAAGCAAUGGUCACCCUUAACGCACAUUAUGUUAAUCGUCUGAACAUCGUCAGCUUUUCAAGAUACCAGCGAUUCCAUGGUAAGUUAAACUUAAUAUAUUCCUUUUGUAACCUCUUUGUAAAAAAAAGAUUAAAAUUGGAACUUUCAAA